UCUAUUGACAUCAUUCUCUGCAAGCCAAUCAGAACCCUGGUAGGCAGUAAACAAGACUUAUGACAGCCCACCACCCUGAACAUACCUAGAUCCUGUGGGCACAUUCACGCCACUACCGAUUCCAGUCGCGUAGCUCUCCCCAAGUUUAAGAGGUGACAUGUGCACUCCUCUUUCUCGUUCACCUGAAGCCUGAUAGCAGCACAUCGCCACCGACAGCAACAACUUUCAAUAUGGCUUCAUUUGGCGAUGCGACACUUCCUGCUACGCGCCGGACACGCAAGUCCAUCGGCGCGACCACAUCCUCGAGAAAGAACGGCGAUAAGGAGAAUGCGACAAUCGACGUUGGCAGUACCCUUGCGGAGAGCAGGAAGAAGUCGCGUAGCAAGAGCAUUGGCCCUGGAGGUCUGGACGCCCUGAAAAGUGCAAAUGGGAACCGCAGAGCCUCUUUGGCUGUGCCUUCACGGCCUCCGCCGCGAUCUAUCUUGAAGCCCACAAUGCCCUUACUACCCGAAAUUCCACCACAUCGAAAGCGCGCCGCCGACCUCAUCGACCUCGGUCCGCCGCGGUCAAGCACCCCAACUACUACGGCCAGUACCGACCCUACAGGCUCAGGCUCCAAGAUCGCCUUGCGCACCGAGGAAGAGCAGCAACAGGCAGCCAAGGAGCGCGAGCGCAGAGAUGCAAGACGUAAGUCUCUCGCAAACCGCAGAGUAUCUUUUGCCGCGGAGGCAACCCUUCACACGUUCCAUGAAAUCGAUUUCAUGCAGGAUCCGUCAACAGCAACAAAUAAGUCGCGCCGCAGAUCCUCUACCUCAGCCCCCCAAAUCGAAGAGCCGACGGGGCGCCCAUCAACCCCACCAGAACAGGACGAUGAGGUCGUUCCCCAGUCACCUGACAAUCAGAGAGAAUUGCAUCAGAAGAAGCGCAGGAGGAGCUCCACCGCGCCGCUUAUGGAGUUCUCCGAUGAUGAGCAAGACACCAUGGCUACUGGUUUCAGCUCCGACUCCGAGCCAGCAGAUGCCAUCGAGGAAGUUGCAGAUGAAGAGGAGGAGGAAGCGUCUGAUUCGAACAGCGACUCCGACGAUGAUGAUGGCACAAUGAUGACCGUCGAUGAUCACGAAGUUACUAGCGCCUCAGUCAUGUCCAGCCGGACAACAGCAUCGGAUGAUGACAAUGACAGUCUAGAUGAGGCACUCCGGACAGCUGCUCGGCAGGCUGGCACACAAAGGCUUGGGUUCGACGAUAGUGAUGACGAAGAAGUCAUUCCCUCCUUUGGCUGGAUCAAGAAGAGCAAGCCUGAAGAUGAAGCAUCGCAGAAUCAAGAGAACUCCGCCCCUCCUCCGCCUGUCCACAACAGUCCACCUCGGGAUGAGGACGAAGAUGACAUGGGGAUGGAUAUGGACAUGGAAAUGGAUAUGACUGCUGCUGUCGGAGGCAUCCUCGGUCAAUCAUCCGGGGAUAUCGAAGCAGAUGAAGAGAUGUCCAUGGAUGUUACCAGAGUACUAGGCGGGAUCCUUUCGCGAAAUACCAAAACGCCAACUGAAAAUACCUUUGAGGACCAAACCAUGGAGUUCACCACAGCCGUUGGUGCUAUUCACGACUCCAACGCUGACGACGAAAGUUUCGACGACAACGGAGUGGAAAACGAGGAUAUGUCUAUGGAAUUCACGAGCGCCAUUGGAGGCCUUCUUCCGACACACCCAAAGAACAAUGGCACUCAGAAGCGUCGGAGGACUAUGACUUCCCACGAAAACCCAGACGAGGCAACAAUGGGCAUGGAUAUGACCGUCGGUGUAGGUCGCAUACUACCAGCGGCGGAUGCGACUAUUCACGGAGGAGACGCGACAGUGGGCAUGGACAUGACUAUCCCGGUCGGCCGAAUCCUAUCUUCGCAGGACGACACGUUGGAUGAGCUGACAACGCCGAUGGACAUGACGCUACCUGUUGGUCGUAUUCUACCGUCGUCUCAAGUGUCCGACCAAGACGAAGCGACUAUGGGCAUGGAUAUGACAAUGGCAAUCGGAGGCAUCAUUCAACCAUCCCAACCUCUGGAGUCUCGCCUUGCUGCCAAGAAACUCAUGGAAGCGGAAGUAGACAAGCCAGACACUCCUACCAAAUCCAUGUCCGUAAAGCCUGCGUCGCCUGCUAAGAAGCUGGCUGCCUCGGCGGCUAAGAGACAUUCGUCCGCAGGAUCAGGAAAUGCGAGCAGUCCUGGGUUCAACCCCUUCCAAGGCAAGGGCCUUCGCCAGAGCAUGCCGGGUGUAGGCUCCAUGUCAGAAUCACCGACUAGAACAAGAACGCCCAGCCCGCCAAAAUCUGUCGCUCCGUCACACGCCGCUGCUGGAACACUGUUCGACAGUUCUCCAGUCAAGACACCCCAAUCGGUAAAAAAGCCCAGUCGCUCAAAGUCAAAAUCCCCUACUAGGAAGCCCGCAACUCCUUCCCCCGAGAAGACUGCUACUCGUUUGAAUAUCUUCCAGCAAGAUCCAGCCACCGGCGCGAGGACACCGACCGUUGUUUUGACUCCGCAAACCCGAAGGCACUCUGGUAUCGGCGCGGACAAGCCUGGCCUCGGGUCGCCCCGCGUUGCUGCGCUCCUUGACCGAAGAGGUUCUCUCGGUGAGACGGUCCAGGAGUUCGUUCCUGGCAGGGUCCGUGGUGUAGCCUUUGCUAAACCACAGAUCAUUGAGGACGAAAUUGAUAGAGCCCGUCAGGAGGAGGAAGACAAGGAGAACGGCAGGAAAAUUCUUGAGCGUGAGGCGGAUGGUGGUGAAACCGAAAAGGACGCGACUCUGAACCUGAGGGAGAUGAUUGAAAGCCUGAGCCCUCACAAGAAGCGCCUGCAAAGCCGCAAGAGUCUUCACGUCGGAAGCGCACGAGGACUUCUCGGUAAGCGGCCCGCUGAACUCGAUGAUGAGGAGGACAGUGAAGACCGGGACGGCGUCAAGAGACUCAAAGGUCAUCAAGGCAGCCCGGUGAAGAAUGUCAAGCUGCAGCAGCCUCCAAGUAAGGCAGAGACUACCGGUCGCAGAUUGACUCGAUCUGCCAGGAAAAGCAUGGAGGAGAAUGCUGCCUCGAAAGCUACGCCCACUCACUCUGAGUCGCCUCAGAAGCCCGCAAGCUCGGCCAAGUCACCAAAGGGGCACGCUCGAUUCAGGGAUGUCGAGGAAGACACUGUUCCCCAUCCAAUGAACCUGGAGGGCUCCCCUGCUCGAGAUGAAGCCGAAAUUCUCGACGACGAUCCGGAGGAGCGGAUUCACCUGCAGGACUUCCUCAACAUGACCUCGAUCCGCUUCAUGGAGCUAACGACCACCAAACGGCGUCACACGCAAGCUCCGGAUAUGUUCAAGGACUUUGGUGGCGAGGAGGACUUGUCACUGGAAAACUGCGUCGUCGCCGGUGCAUGCACAGUGCCUAUGCUUGAGCUCUACCAGCAUUCGUGCCGUGAACUCAAGAAGUACAUCUCCGAGGGCCGCCGAAUCGUUCGCGAGAUCGAGUCUGAGACCUUCGAGGAGAACCCGCCUUUGUUCCGGGAAUACAUGUCAGCGUCGCCUGAUUUCAAGAACAUCCUCGACAAUCAGUUCAAGAACGGCAAAACUCACGCUCGUCUCGAGAGCAAGGCGAUGUGGUACGAGUGGCGCAUGAAGCUCCAGGAGGGUCUGAGGGAGGGUCUUGUCAGAAUUGCCGAGGGCAUGGCCGUCGACGACAAAGUACUUCAGCAGCAGCAAAAGUUGCUCUCCUCCGUCUUGCCUGCAAUUGUAUCGCGUUUCGACGUCCUUGAACAAGAGCACAAGAACUUGCGGGCUGUUGCAGAGGAGCUUGCCGAUUGUGACCCAGAAGAGCUAGAGACCGCCAGAUUCGACUUGACUGCGCUUGACACCGAUGUUCAAGAGAAGACUCGGCGGGUCGAGGAGCUCCGACAGCAGCUGGAAGAGGCUGAACAAGACGUCGAGCAAUUGGCGCAAGAGAAGCAGCAAUGCCACGAGGACAUCAAGGAGGCUGAGAAGAUUCGCGAGGAAUGCCGAGGUUGGUCAAUCAGCGAGAUCAGUGCGCUUAAGGCCCGAGUGGAUUCUCUUGAAAAGCAACACGGUUGGGCCGUGACUGGAGUUUCCGGAAGCACCGUCUCAAUGACUUAUCGUCGCGAGAUUGAGCUGGUGUUCGACAUGGCGUCGUUCCAGCGCGGUCAGAAAAACUCGCGUAUUGACCUGUGGUACAUUGCUGCAAAUCGCGAGAACAACCCCCUGCCUUCAACGCCGGAAAAGGAAUUUUUCCUGCAAUGCAUCCGGGACCACAUCCGUGGCUUGCCGCAGAGCCGCACUAAAAUUGCGGACCUCCUCCACAUGGUUCAUGCCGCGUGGGACAAGUCUAAUUCCACUUCCGACCAAAUUCGCCGACUCAAUGUUAGUUUCCCAACGACUGUCUCCCGUACUUCGGAUUCGUCCAUCGCGGUCAGGUCUUCGCUCCUUCUGCCACCGAUUGAAACAAAGGUGGUGAUUGCCCUGGAGAUCCACGGGGUGAGCAAGCCUGACGGGAUCGACUUCACUCUGCAACCCGAGGCAAAUGUGGUUUAUGGAGAGCACUUCAACACUGGGAAAAUGGCCGAGUUUUUAACCACCCACUUGGGUAAAAAGGCACCGUCUCAAGAGGAGGGCGCACCCUCGUGGAUCGACGUUGUUGUCGACCUGCAUGAGAGACUCUUGGCGAGAGGAAAGAAGCAAGGUUGAGGAGUGGGUGUUUGUAUCUUGUGAUGAUUGAUGAAGGAGGAACUUUGGUUUUUGGGAGGUAUUAUUCCCGGUUUCAGUGGCGCGUAUGGCGGAUACCCAGAGCUUGAUGCAAAACAUGGCUCUUGCUUCCAUAAUUAGCUGCAUAUUCAAUCCGCAAUUGGCUUUUCGACUUAA